UCUUUUGGCCUCUUUAGUCGUAUAUUACCCUCGCCUAUUAGAAAUUAUUUAUUCGUACGUAGAAAGAGUAACGAUAUUAAGAGUUGCGGAUACCCCUUAACGGAAAAUAAUUCUCCCGCCGUUGUAAAGAACCACGUAUUUGUGGUAGUAUUCGGAGCGGCGGACGUAUCCUUAUUUAUUAAGGAUAUUAAGCGUAGUUUCGAGGUUAAAGAGCGACUUUUCGAUAUAUUAGGGACCUAUAUUAGUAUCUCUAAGGAACCUCGUAGAUUGCUCUUUAGCGAAGCUAGCGAUAUAGAAGCCGUCUACUAUAUCUACCAAAAGGGAGUUAUUUAUUCCGACUUACGGCUAGAGAACUUAUUAUUACACUCCGAUUCUAAAAGUAAGCUUAAUCUUCUACUAUAUGAUUUUAGAGGGUCGACGAAUAGCGAUAUAGAUAGUAGAUAUCUCCCCGACUCCGGCUUUUUUAAUCCGUAUAAGCUAUAG